GUCUUGGAGGAUUACUAUCUUUGCGUGUGUUACUCUUUGGUUGUUUACCCUGUUGUUUGUUGCACGUUGAGCUCGUCACUAACGUUUAAUUAUAAAACCACCAAGGUUAACCGUCACAGAGCUGCAGCUGACCGUCGGAGCAAACCACAGACACAAACUAACGGAAACGGUUGAGAGUUACCGGAGUACCGUCGGUGUUGUUCGGUAACGUGAAGUCAGCGGGUUUAAACCGAAGUGCACUUUGCUCCAGAGAAAGUUCAGGCAGCUGUUGAGAGCAGAGGUCACCAGACAGAAACAAGGCGAUCUUCAUAGAUGAGGGCCCGCUCCGUAUGUAGAUAAAUACGGCUCAUUAUAAGCUCUGACCGUCUCUCCGGGACGAUGGCGAACCCUUUGAGGGCUGAAGUGGUCCGACUCUAUAAAAAUCUUCUCUACCUCGGACGGGAGUAUCCUAAAGGUGGCGACUACUUCAGGGACCGCCUCAGAGCUGCGUUCUCUAAAAACAAAAAUGUGCAGGACCCGGAGCAGAUCAAGGAGAUGAUUGCUCGGGGAGAAUACGUGGCCAGAGAGCUGGAGGCGCUCUACUACCUGAGGAAAUACAGAGCCAUGAAGAAACGCUACUACGAGGAAUAAAAGGCUCCUGCAGAGACAUUUCAGAGACUCAUUCUGCUGCAACCAGCUGUGCUUCUUAAUCAAACUUAAAUCAAGUAGAAGAUUCAUUUGUCCUGCUGGAAAAUAAAAAAUUAGACAAACAUAAGAGGAAUUGCCUUAAAAUUUAUUUGAGUCUUGUGAAACAGACUGGAACGUCCGUCCUCUCAAGACAAAACAAAAAACGUCAGCAGCUUUAAAGGUUUUAUUGUUUUGUUCCUGUAGAGUUGAUUCAGUACUGACAGAAAAACACUUAAAUAAAAGUAUAAAAAAAGACAAGUUGCGCUUCAGACUACAGUAAGACCAAGAGAGCACAAACCCCUCAGCUCACAGUAGAAAACAGUAGAGACGCCGCCUCGCCCUGGAGGAGGCGCUGAGGUCAGUGGUGCUGUGGGGCGAGGGAGUUGCCGUCAGCCAGGUUAGCUCUGCAGAUGGGACAGGUGAUGUUGUCCUGUCAGGGGGAAGACAGACGGUUACUAUCAUCAUCAUUAAUCUGUCAGUAUGAAUCGGAGUAAGGCAGAGAAUCGGCAUAUUAAGAAAAAUAAUUUAAAACCAUUCGAUUUAUUCAUAUCUAAACAGUUACAGACAAACUAAUCUUUGUAGAUUAAGUUAAGACAUUUAUCGUUGAAUGAUAGUGAACACCUCUGUGAUUUAGGGAUGGAAAUCGAGAAUCCAUUAGAAUCGUUUACCUUCGAACUUUUCAGUUCUUUUUAGCGAUGCUGUCAUAUUUUUCUGCAAAUAAUUAAGUCAAACUCCCGCGUCUACUCUGUUGGGAACUUACACCAAGAAGGAGUCAUGGUGGAGUGGAUGAAUGGUCCAAAGUGUGGCUUCGUUUCACAAAGAAAGAUGACAACAGUCCUGCUAUAUGUCGGUAAAAUGAUUACGGGUGGAAACGCCAGCAGUAUGCUUAAAUAUCUUUCUAGCAACAAGGGCUUAAAUACCAGGAAUGCUGUUUAUCUGACACAACACUUGACUGACACUGCUUCCCUACAGAGCUGCAUGUUUGUUAUCGUGGGGAAACAUACUGUUAUAAUAACAUUAAUAAUGUAAUAACAGUGCAGCACAGGCAGGCUCAGCUGAUUUUUAUUCAACUAAGUUAAUCUAAAUGAAAAACGAAUGCUGUAAAUACUCUGUCAUUUUAUCCACUAAAGGUAAUGACCAACUAAAUGUUGCUACAGCUGCUCCACUCGAACGUCAGCUCCUCCUCUCAUAGCGGUUAAACAGUGACACUUUUCCCACACUUCUUGGCAUGCCUUUUUCUGAUGUUGCUACACUGUGUUCAGACUCAGAGAUAAUAAAACAGUUGUGUUGACACUGAAAA